AGCACGUCAACAUUAGUAUGCCUAACAUAUGCGUGUGUUUUAUCCUUAAUAAUUAGCGUGUGACGAUGCGUGUGUAUUUCUUAAAAGAAAAGCUCCAGAUGCCUCUGGACCAUCACUUCAUCCUCAUCCUCACACCGCGAGCCUCCACUGAAUGCCGGCGCACCUCCCCAAAUGGACAAGGCAUUUAUAUUGACGCACUCGCCGUUGUGAUAUUCUUUGAAACGAAAGGGGGCGACUCUGAGUAAUUGUCCUAUAAACCAACAGGAGGUAGCUGAGAGAAGUAGUAGUUUGUCAGAGCAACCUUAGCAACGCUUACAAACAUGGCGUCUCGCAUUGAGUUGCUGAAUGCUGAGGAGGAAUUAUUGUGUUUGUUGUUGACUGUUUGUUUUCAGUAAACUUCAGUAAAACCCACAGUAUGAAUAAAAGAAUCAUAUAAGAAUCAUAUAAAACCCAGUAAACCUUGAGAUUAUCACUUGUCACAUUACAACAAAAUAUAGCUAUAAAUAUGAGAACGUAUAAAACGAAAUGGAACAAACUUAAUUUUUUAUUUCAGUGAUUUCGUUUAAUCACUGAGUCUGAUGGUGCAGUGUAGUGACUGUGUUUAUUUGUGAAGAUGCUGAUGAAUGAAAACACGGUGAACCCCCCCUAAAAAAAGAAAAACUUUCAGCUUUGGCUUUAUUCUUUCAACAGUAUGCACAAAGCAAAUCAAAAUCACUAUUUAAAAAACAUUUCCAUGAAUUUUCACGGGUCGAAAAAAUAAUAAGCGUGAAUUAAACAUUUACAAUUAUAUUAUGCAAAACUGAACCAUGAGUUCAAAGUUUUCUGAGUCACACACAAAAUCAUUUUUUCCAGUGUGUUAUCAUGUGUUAUUCAGUACGCUAGGUCAUUGUAACUCUAACAGAAUCACGCAAAAACAAAUAAAAACACAAGUAUCUAGAGAGUAAAGGUAUAACAUCUGGUGAAGACUGAACAGCACCAACAUAUGUUUUGUAAUCCCCACACCCUAGUUUGCCUGAUUUGAAAAAAAAAAAAAAAAAAGAGUCAUACAUUCAUGAUCAAGAGUCAUGAUCACAGUGCAUGCUGCAAUGACACUUUUCUGAGGAUCUUAGCACUGAGACAGCCUACACACCACUCUCGAGGAAUUUAGCAGGAUUUUUACAGAUUCGUAAUCUGCCAGAAUGAUAAGCCGAAAUACCAAAAAUGUGCUCGUGGUAUCUUUUGGAUUUUUUUUCUUGUUUAUGGCGUUUGGAGGACUACAGAAUCUACAGAGCAGUCUAAAUGCUGAGGAAGGAAUGGGCGUUAUCUCACUGAGCGUCAUCUACGGAACCGUCAUUCUGUCCUCCAUGUUCCUGCCUCCCAUCAUGAUCAAAAACCUGGGCUGUAAAUGGACCAUCGUCAUCUGCAUGGCCUGCUACAUCAGCUAUUCCUUUGGAAAUCUCUUUCCUGGAUGGCCCAGUCUGAUCGCUACAUCUGCUGUUCUGGGUUUGGGAGGCUCUCCACUUUGGUCUGCUAAGUGCACGUACCUUACAAUCAGUGGGAAUGCACAGGCGGAGAAAGAAAACAAGAAAGGCCAGGAUAUCAUAAACCAAAACUUUGGCCUUUUCUUUUUCAUCUUCCAGUCGUCUGCCGUUUGGGGAAACCUCAUGUCAUCACUCAUAUUUCAACAAGACACUAACAUAGCUGAAAUCCCUGAGGAGAGACUGCAGUUCUGUGGUGCUGCCCUGUGCAAUGAGAACUUCACCACCUCGGGGAACUUCACACGACCGGAGCAGAAUCUCGUAAACAUACUUUUGGGCUGCUAUAUUGGUCUGGGGGUUCUGGCGAUGGUCCUUGUGGCAGUUUUCCUGGACAACAUUGAUGGAAAAGAUGCAAAAGAGUUUCGCAAGGACAAAGGCAACCAAACGUUCUGCAGUACCUUCCUGGCCACGUUCAGGCUUCUAGGAGAUAAGAGGCUGUUAAUGCUCAUUCCCUUGACUAUGUACAGUGGAUUCGAGCAAAGCUUCCUCACCGGUGAAUACACAAAGAAUUAUGUGACCUGUGCAAUAGGAAUCCAUUAUGUUGGAUUUGUAAUGAUCUGCUUUGGCGCUGUGAGUUCGCUGAGCUCUUUCUCAUUUGGGAAGCUUGCGCAGUACACCGGGAGGAUCCCCCUCUUCUCUUUUGCCGCUGUGAUAAACCUGAGUUGUGUGAUAGCUCUGCUGUACUGGAGGCCUCAUCCGGACGAGCUGCCCUUCCUCUUUGUGUUUCCUGCUCUCUGGGGUGUGGCAGAUGCUGUGUGGCAAACACAAGCCAACGCAUUGUACGGCACUCUGUUCCCUCAGCAACAUGAGGCAGCAUUCGCUAAUUAUCGCAUGUGGGAGUGUUCGGGCUUCUUGAUACCCUUCGCGUACAGCACGUUCAUCUGUCUGUCCACCAAACUCUACAUCCUCAUCUCAGUCCUUUUGCUGGCCAUGCUGAUGUACUUCUGGAUGGAGUACAAUGAGUACAAGCAUCCCACUCCAGCAGUGAAACGCGACGCAGACAAGCUGGACGAGAUGCACGUUAAAGGCACAGAGAAAAACCAGAACAGAAUUAGUCAGACAAGAUUAUAGGCAAGAAUAUGAUGAAACAGAGAAUAGAAUCUGUUUUUUUAAAUAUAUUUUUUUUAAAAAUAGGGAGCAGAUGAGGUAUGAAUGGUGGCUACGUUACUCAUAGCUAACAUCUUUGUAGUUAAAUAAAUAAACAUUAUUAUUAUUAUUAUUAUUAUUAUUAUUAUUAUUAUUAUUAUUAUUAGGUGUCACGUCCCAAAGAUGUGAAGACGGCUAUUAUUUUCGUUAGUUUUCUUAUUAUUAGGGGUCAAGCCCUGAAGGGACAUAGGCACAUCUUGUAAUCCUUAGUGUUCUGCUUUUUCUCCUUCUUCUUCUUCUUAUUAUUAUUAUUAGGGGUCAAGCCCCGAAGAAACACGUAAUUCACAUACGCAUAAUCUCUCUCACUAGUUCGUUAAAGUAGAUUGAACUCUAAUCGUGCUACUUUAUCUGUAUCUAAUUUAGUAUGUAACGACCUGUAGAUCAAAUAACUGAUUUAAAUGAACUGUUAUUAUUAUCCUUCCCAUCACAAUGUGAACUUCAAAAAAACAACGGUAGCUUUAACUUUUCAAUGCUGUAUGUUUCGCAUAUUCCACAUGGUACAAUAAAAUCAU